GGCUCUGUCCUUACUGACUUUUUGUACUUACGUUCUUGCUUAUUUCCUUGGUCUUUUUUUUCAGUGUUUAUUUUCCAUGGUGGAGGGUUAACGCACUGUUAGUUUAGUGGUACCCACUGUUUUCAUUCAAAGUUAGGAAGGAAGGGGAUGUAGUUUUAGUUUCCUGGGGUUUUGACCGGCGUAGGAGACGCUGUCGUUAGGUGUGUUCCUGAGAAUGGAGUUAAGGUGGAGGAGGUUCUGCUCGCGGUCGGCCAACAGUGUUUCCAUUGGCUACAGAACGGAAUAAAAACUUCAAUACACACUGGGGGACUUUCCAAUCCAGAUAAUUUUUACUGCAUGAAGUUAGAAAAGUUUGAGCGAAACCCCAAAAAUGACAGGUGCACCCCUUAAUCUCUGCAAUCAACACUGUGGAGUUUUUCUGAAAGUCGACCUUAACAGAAAGUCAACGUGAAUCCCAGUCCAAUCAAACUGUCAUGGGAGCUGCAAAUUACACAUCAGUUCUGGAUUUGGAUAACUUAUAACACAUCUGGAGCCAGACUGCUGCGGUGGAGCAGAGAGGAGCGGGCCAGAGCAGACAGUCUUUCUCUCGCUCUCUCUUUGUCUGCGAUCAGCACAGACCCAGCUCAGACCCAGCUCAGAGCCUCUCGGACGCCCAGGCUUCGCUCACAUUAAGCCUUUGCUCACAAGCUUGGUGACAGGCAGGAUGACUCCAGGACCAGUGCUGUUGUUGUGGGCUCUGGCCCUUCUAGCCACCGUGGCAGGCCAGGAGUAUGAGAACCGUAUGGAGAGCCAUAUCGACCGCUCUGUCCCCUGGAUCCACACCUUCCGCCAGGGGUUCAACUUCCAAUGUCCUCACGGAGAGGUACUGGUGGCCCUGCAGAGUGUCUUCAGUGAGAAGGAGGGGUCCGACCGCCUCUGGACCUUCGAGUGCCAGCAGACUCCCACCACCCUGGGGCAUCCCACAGAGUGCUGGUGGGACGACAUCAACCGUGCCGGGAUGGAGUGGUCUUCAACAUGCACCAACAACGGUCUGGUGGCGGGGGUGAUGAGCAAGUACUUUGAGCCUGUCCUGGACCGUGAGUGGUCAUUCUACUGCUGUCGCUACAGUCGCCGCUGCCCCUACUCCUGCUGGAAAUCAAUGGAGGUGCCUGGACAAUACAGAGAGGAGGGAGAGUUUGUCAUCCCCAGCUAUGGCUACUUCAUCAGAGGGGCCCAAACCACCUUCGAUGGAGUUCUCAGAGAUCGGCAGUGGAAGUACAUCGUCUGCAGAAUGACCGAUUUCGACUGUGAAUUUGAGAAUUUAUAGAUGUACAUGCAGACCCAGCAAACAAGGCGAGAGAGGGCCACUGCUGUUUGGCCAGGAGAGUCCUGUAACAACAAACCGCUGUUCUACCCCCAUCAGCCGAGCAGAGGCUUGCCUCUACAUUCAAUUGUCUUUCACUUCAACCACUAAAGUACAACUACACCAACCCUGAAUAGCAACACAUCCCUUCCCAGUGUCAUUAAGUCCAUUAUUCACACUUGUUAAUGACAUCUCACUCUUUACUAUUACUAUUGCAGUAUUCCUGAUUCUUGAUUAUAACCAUGCUUGUUUUAUUUUUUGGAUGAAUGUUAUGUUAAGUUUUAGAUUAAAAAUCACUUAUCUUUAUAUCUAUCAUAGCACCAUGGAAAUAUAAAUAAAAUGACUGUGUAUAGCACUUAGCCUACUUUUGAAAAUGAAAAAAUCAAGUAAUGUCUCUACUUGUUAUGCAAAAUAAAAGUCCAGUGGUUGAAUGAUAA